CGCACACUGGCCACAAAUUUUUGGAAACCACCAUAUCCGUCGCCCAACACCUGCACAAGUCGGUCUCUUCGACCAUCACCACCAACAACCACAUAAUGUGAGUCCCUUCGUCCCGCCAGCAAGAUGAACGAGAGAAUCCCUGCAUGUUGCUGCGGAAAUGGUCUGCAGCGUCAAAUGCUGAUUCGAGGAAUGUUUAGAUCCCCCAGUGCUUCCUAGAACCGAGUGGUCAAGGUCGCAGUCAUGCCUUUCACCAAACUCGUCAAGAACUCUCCCUACUUCUCCCGCUUCCAAACCAAGUACAAGCGUAGAAGAGCUGGCAAGACUGACUACUAUGCCCGUAAGCGAUUGAUCAGCCAGGCCAAGAAUAAGUACAAUGCACCCAAGUAUCGAUUGGUCGUUCGCUUCACCAACCGCGACAUCAUUGCCCAACUCGUCACGGCCCAACUCGACGGUGACAAGGUCUUCUGCGCCGCCUACGCCCACGAGCUCAAGCGAUAUGGCAUCACUAACGGCUUGACCAACUGGUCUGCCGCAUACGCUACCGGACUCCUCCUCGCCCGUCGCGCCCUCAAGAAGCUUAAUCUCGACGAGACAUUCACCGGUGUCGAGGAAGCCGAUGGCGAAUUCAAGCUGACCGAGGCUGCCGAGGGAGACGAUGAGGAAGGUCGCCGUCCAUUCAAGGCCUUCCUAGACGUUGGUCUGCACAGAACCUCGACUGGUGCUCGUAUCUUCGGUGCUCUCAAGGGUGCUUCUGAUGGUGGACUCUACAUCCCUCACAACGAGAAGCGAUUCCCUGGCUACGACAACGAGAGCAAGGAACUCGACGCCGACACUCUCCGCAAGUACAUCUUUGCUGGUCACGUUGCUGAAUACAUGGAGACUCUGGCCGACGACGAUGAAGAGCGAUACAAGUCUCAGUUCGUCAAGUACAUUGAGAACGACAUCGAGGCUGAUGGCUUGGAAGAGCUCUACACCGAGGCCCAUGCCGCCAUCCGAGAAGAUCCAUUCAAGAAGGAUGAUGAUGAAGGUGACAAGAAGAGUAAAGAGGAGUGGAAGGCUGAGGGCAAGAAGUACCGAACCCAAAAGAUCAGCAAGGCCGAGAAGGAGCAGAAGAUCAAGGAGAAGAUCGCCUCCCUUGCUUCGUAAAGACAUCGACACAUGAGGAGCAACGCGGAGUCUUGCAGGGUUGGACACAAUUUGUCCGGUCAGUUUUCCAGCUCAGACGGUGCGGGAUCAUUCAAGCCUUGAUGGCCUUGUAUGGUCUCGCAACAAAUUUUGGUGAUGGUUGAAUGGAAAAAAUAUUCAACAUGCCAAUGAAAUGAUGAACUAUCAAAAGAAA